GAGAGAGAGAGAGAGAAGAGCUGACUCGAGUACCGCAACUAACGCUUGCAAUGCCACAGUUUUGCGAUUCAAACACCAUCUACCGAGCACUAUCAAUACGCAUAUCAAUUCAGAAACCUAUCUAGUUCGGCCUCCUAUUCUCUAUACUUCUUGUAGAAGAAAAAGAGGAUUCAUGUCAAUCAAAAGAUAGCACGUUUCUUCAAGUCCAAGUAAUGUGUUAUUGUGUGUACACUUGCAUUUUUUUGUGACAAUUUCGUGCUACUUUUUUACUUUAUUUACGUUACACGGUAUCGGCAAAGAUCAGUGUUAAAACUUGGUAAUUCAUCUUAUCUUCGAGGUUAGAACUAUAUUCUCAUCACAACGGGGGUCGAACAGUCAGCUAUGUCCGUCUCUCAGAUGGAAAAGAAUCUAUUUAAUUUAAAAUUUGCGGUGAAAGAAUUAGAAAGAAACUCAAAGAAAUGCGAGAAGGAAGAGAAGAUAGAGAAGACAAAGAUCAAGAAGGCAAUACAAAAGGGAAAUAUGGAAGGCGCUCGCAUUCAUGCAGAGAAUGCAAUUCGACAGAAGAAUCAAGCCUUGAAUUAUCUUAGAAUGAGCGCCAGAGUAGAUGCAGUAGCUAGUAGAGUGCAGACUGCAUUGACAACUCGCAAAGUUACUCAAUCCAUGGCUGGUGUUGUCAAAGCCAUGGAUGCUGCUAUGAAAUCAAUGAACUUAGAGAAGAUCUCUGGACUUAUGGAUAAAUUUGAGAGCCAAUUUGAGGAUCUAGAUGUGCAAAGUUCAUACAUGGAGAACGCUAUGUCGCAAACUACGACUACUAAUGUACCCCAGAAUGAUGUAGAUUCUCUGAUGCAGCAAGUUGCAGACGAAGCUGGAUUGGAAUUGAACAUGGAACUUCCAUCAGGUCAACUUGGCAGUAUUGGCACUUCAACAGCAGUAAGCCAGGAGCAAGAUGAAUUAACACAAAGAUUAGCACGACUUAGAGAAUAAUGAAACUGCUUUAAUGUAUAUUAUAAUUAAGGUGAACGCAACAGGAACCGAACAAUCGUUUGGAUCGCGUCCAAGCUUCGGACCGUAAGGGAGUUAGGGGAAGGAGCGACUCAAAUGGGAGGCACUUUGCUCCGUCCUGAAAGUCUCGAGGAGCCGGGAAUGAAGCGAAGUGCCAUCGAAAGGGGGACGAAGUGGAAGCCUCUCUUGAGGUCGCUGAACGGACCACGAGUCGAACAAAUUCGUUAAAGGCCGAAUCUGAGUCAGUGUGCCAUGAGAUCGUUGUGUCAGUGCGUUCGUGUGUUCUUCUUUUCGGUCUUGGAAGUGAAUUUAAGUGACUGAGGAGAGGAGAAAGUGUAAUCGCGGGCUAACGCCUAUGAAUACAAGGAGAAUGUUAUUUAAAUUAAAAUAGUUGGUCUUUUGAUUAAAA